AUGAUGCGAUCAGAAACAACUCCUAUUAAGAAGCUACUAAUUGUACUAACAGCCUUGCUGGCUGCAUGCGUGAUUGUGGUUCUUCCAUUUUUCGGCUUCAAAUGGAGCUCCAAGUCUAAAAAAGACGAUGUGGUGUGCGAGAAGAUUGGGCUAGAUGCUCCGCUUCUCCUGGAUGGCUCCUGCGAGAUGCCUGGCAAGAAGUCUCACGACGGGUGCCAAGAUGCAUCGACCAUGUGGAGCAACCCUCAGAAAGGCCUGGCCACUGUGUUUGAGAAGGAGAAUAUCAUCCCUGCGCGAUCCGCCAAGACCGAAGAGAAAUCCAAGCAGCCUUCUUUCUAUGAAAAAGUUCUUUCAUACUUUAGAAGAAAAACCCCAGAGGCACUGAGCAGCCUGGAGCUGACUCCAGAAGAAAUGGCUAUACAACUGAAAAGCAGCGAAAACAUUCUUAUCAACUACGAUGCUGGCCUGGUUAGGAAAAUCAAUGCAAUGAAGUCCAAACAGAAGCAGAUGAUCAUAGUAGACAUCAGAAGACUCACUCUUAUGCUGUCCACCCUUCUUCCAUCUGAGUCUUCCCUGAUGGAAGAGUCCAACAACCUGUUCUGGCUGACCGUCUACAUUUCCGGAGAUCUGAUGAUCGACUGGAUGGCGUACACCCUGUCCGUGGAAGAGCUUAUGGACAUUAGGAACAGCCUGAGCGCCCUGUGCUCUUCCGUGGAGGAGCCCUCGGACAUCCGGAUGGAGAUGUUUGCAAUUCUGAAGAGGUUUGUCCAGGAUAUUUCGAAGAAAACGGAAUUCGGGGGAAACAUCACCUCCACAAGAGAAGAUAUAGCGCGCAUUUUGAAGGAGUACAAGUCUGAGCAGGAAAUGGUUGGCCUUACAGACGAGUCGUGCGAGACCGAGAAGCUUUUGCUGGCUCUGGACGUUCUUUCAUACCUUAUCCCAAUGACGAGCGAGUCCAACAACGAAAUCCAGAAAACAGUUCAAACUGUUAGAGAGAAGCUUGUCAACGCAAUCCAGUCAACAGCCAGAAGGCAGAUGAACGACUACCUGCUUGUAACCAAGAGAAGCAACUGCAUGGUGAUUGCAGCCAUAAACGAGUACAUGCGCUUCCUUUCCGACCUUGAGCAGUACAUUGGAGUCAACCUGGUUUCUUCAGAGCACCUCAAGAACAUCAAGAAGGCCAACAACUCCACCUUCUCUUACGACAUUAAGGAGAGCAUGCCAGCGUCCGACGUCAUUAAGACAGUGAACAGAAUGAUUGCAUUUGCCAACGAGCUGUUCAAGCAGUACGUCCACCUCUUGAACACCAAGGAGGGAGAAAACACGUACAACAUUUUUUUAUUGGACAGCAAUGACUUGAGCGAAAACCCGCUAGAGGAGAGCGCGGAAGUCGAAGACGAGUAA